AUGUCGGAUCCCAAGUCCUCCCGGGCGGAGGGCAAUGCAGUUCCAUUGCCAUGCCCCGAAGGACAAACUAAGGAAUUGUCGCCUCCUUCUGUCGGCGACAUCAAGUUGCCCGGUGCAGCUCGCAUGAAGGCCCUUUAUUCUUCUCUUACGAUCGUGGAACGGACUGCUAUCUUCUCUAGCAUCUUCGUUAUUGGUUUUGCUUAUGGCCUCGACAACAUACUACGGGGCACAUACGAACCAUAUGCCACUUCCUCCUUUGGCGAGCAUUCCCUCCUAUCAACCAUCAACGUUAUCCUCUCCGUUGUUGCCGCUGCUUCCCAGCCGACUGCGGCCAAGAUCGCUGAUAUCUUUGGUCGAGUCGAGCUAGUUGUCUUUUCCGUCUUCCUCUACGUUCUUGGUACUGUCGUCGAGGCCGUCGCGAAGAACGUAUCCACCUAUGCAGGUGGUAGUGUCAUUUUCCAGGUCGGCCAAAGUAUGAUCAAGGCUCUUAACUCGAUCAUUGUUUCCGAUAUCACUUCAACCCGCUCGCGCCUUUUCUUCAGCUACACUCCCAUCGCGCCGGCUCUUAUCACCACCUGGGUUAGCGGUAACAUCGCCAAUGCCGUCCUUUCAGUUACCGACUGGCAUUGGGGUAUUGGGAUGUGGUGCAUCAUUUAUCCUGUUGCUGCAUCCCCUCUCAUCAUUAGCCUCUGGACCGUCACCCGGCGGCUCAAAAAGCAGGGCACCGCGGAGAAAUCCAGCACCCUCCUCCAGGCUCUCGGCCCAAGAAGGUUCGUAGUCGAACUUUUUUGGAUGCUCGAUAUUAUCGGUAUCAUCCUCCUUGUCGCAAUAUUGGCCCUUCUCCUUGCGCCACUCACCAUUGCCGGGGGCAACCAGUCCAAAUGGAAGAGCGCUCAUAUCAUUGCGCCUCUCGUUGUUAGCGCCUUUUGUGUUCCCGUCUUCAUCUUCUGGGAACUCAGGGCCCCUCGUCCCUUGAUUCCAAUGACUCUGAUGAAAGACCGAGCCGUCUGGGCUCCCUUAGGGAUUGCUAUCUCACGGAAUAUCGGGUACCAUCUGCAGGCCAAUUAUCUUUACACGAUCCUUGUCGUGGGUUUCGACUUCGAUGUCACCGCCGCGACUCGUAUCUCCUCUCUCUUUUCCUUCGUCCAGGUUGUAGUCGGGCCCAUCCUCGGUUUGGUCGUCUUCCGGGUCCGGCGGCUCAAAAUGUUUAUAAUCAGCGGGACCAUGAUUUACAUAGUCGGGUUCGGUCUCCUGAUCCGAUACCGCGGGUCCCUUACUGGCAACAGCAAGGUCGGCGUCAUUGCAGGUCAAGUUCUUCUAGGUUUUGGCAGCGCGCUAUUCUCAUGGCCAGCUCAGGCGUCAAUGCAAGCUCACAUCAAACAUGAACACCUCGCCGUUAUGACAGGCACAUUCCUGGCUUCAUAUAAUGUCGGCUCUGCUAUUGGAAACACAAUCUCGGGAGCAAUAUGGACCCAGCUUCUACCAUCCUCGCUCCAUGAGGAACUCGCCGGUAUUAACUCCACCCUGGCCACCUCCGCUUACAGGGAUCCGUUUACGGCGAUCGCCGAAUGGCCCAUGGGUACCCCUGAACGUACGGCUAUUGUUCGCUCCUACCAGUACAUUCAGCAGCUUAUCACCAUCACUGGUAUCUGUCUCUGCGUACCGAUCAUGGCCUUUGCCUUUGCUGUGCGCGACCCUAAACUCAACGACGAGCAAACUCUAGCUAGUGACGACGAUCUGCCCUACCAAAGGCGGUUGUCACAACAUGUGCAAUAG